AUGGAAUAUGAAUUACUAGAAAGUAUUAGGGCUAGGGACUUGGUAGACAAAAGGUUUUCACAGUUAUUCGAAGAAGUUCCUUUGGUACCGAAACUUGAAAAAGCCGGCGAGGGAGACACAAAUGUGAAGGAAUCAAGUAUCAAAAACUUGAAGGACUAUUUAAAAUUACGGGACGAAGAAGUGUAUAAAUUGAAGGACAUACUGAAGUUAAAAAACAGAGACACAGAACGGUUGAAUGAUGAACUUUUGAGUGCGAAUAUCGAGAGUAAUCUUCUGCAAGAACGCUUGGAGAAACUUCAACAAGAAUAUGAUAGGUUGAUAGAAAGGUGGCUCCUGAAAGCUCAAAAAGAAGCAGAUACUAUGAAUUCACAUUUUAAGUAG